AUGCCUUCCCGCUCGGGGACGGCCACGCCGCUGGCGACCAUCACCGAAGGCUCCGUCUCGCCUCUUCCAGAGCGCGGCACGCCAAAUCGCGCUGCCUCUGGCAGCGUGUCGAGCGUGCACUCCCGCCCUCCGUCUGUCUCCACACCAUCCCGGCCUUCCUCGGCAGCGCCAAGCUCAGGCGGCUUGGGACACGCCAGACGUACAUCGACGAGCACGUCGAUCUCUCUCGCAGCGCGCCCUGGCUCCGGACCAGCGCCGCACCUGUCCACCAUCAUUAUCAUGCCCCCGCUCAAGGUGCUCGUGUCGAGCAAGGAGGCGAAGAAAUCGCCCCACUUCCUCAAGGCAGCACAGCGCGCUCUCGACCUCUGCCAGGACGGCGAAACGGCUUACCUGCACCCGCGGGAGAUCCUCGAGCCGCUCCGUCUUGCGAUUGCUAACCCUACACACACUAGCGUACCAACGCUCGUCACCAGCCUCGAUCUCCUGUCCAAGCUCAUCUCGCACUCGUUCUUCUCCGAGCCCAAUGGCCCUCCAGAGGGCAUGUCACCUCUUCCAGAUUUGAUCACGCACACCAUCACGUUGUGCUACAACGAGAACUCGCCGCCCAAUGUUGCGCUGCAGGUCGUCAAGGCGCUCAUGGCGAUAGUGCUUAGCACCGACCCUGGCAUGCUCGUCCAUCAGAGCAGUUUGCUAAAGGCCGUCAGAACCGUCUACAAUGUCUUCAGGCUGAGCAACGACACGAAUAAUCAAGUCGUCGCGCAGGGCGGCGUCACGCAGAUGGUGCACCAUGUGUUCUCGCGAGUCGUGCGCCCCGACCGUAACAACCGUAACAGUGUCAUGACGUUGAAUGGGAUGGGCAUUCAAACGCCCACGAUGGAGGGGAGCACGCCUGCAUCGCCGCGCCCCGACUCGGGGCAACGCUUGACUGUAGAGAGCUUCUCCGCGCCCAACCCGAGCGAUUCGGUCACCGCUGUGCCUGCAAUUCUCGCAGGCGAUGCGAAUGUUAGCGACAGUGCGCAGGCAGCCGCUGCGCAAAACUCGGUCUCGAUUCAGGUGCAAAACGGUGAUGGCCUGGACACACCCGAGAACGUACACACCAACGGUGAUGAGGCUGGCAACUACGACGCCGAAGGGCGACCGAUUCCCACCGAGGAGCUGUACGUUAAGGACGCGUUCCUCGUAUUCCGCGCGCUCUGCAAACUGAGCAUCAAGCCGUUGGUCACGGACAGCGAGCUCGAUCUGCGAUCGCCCGCGAUGCGGUCUAAGCUUCUAUCGCUACAUCUCAUCCUCACCCUCCUCAAGUCGCACGCUGAUCUGUUUACCAACCCCGCUGUCACCAUACCCUCGAGCUCGUCGGCCGAGCAUACCCCCUUCCUUCAGGAGAUCAAACAGUACCUGUGCCAGAGCCUGUCGCGCAACGCAGUCAGCCCGGUGACCCAAGUCUUCGAGUUGAGCACUGAGAUCUUCUGGUGUGUCCUGAAGUCGAUGCGCGCGCCGCUCAAGAAGGAGGUCGAGGUGCUCCUCAGAGAGAUUUUUAUCCCCAUUCUCGAGAUGCGGCAUUCGACGAUCCGCCAGAAGUCGUUGAUCCUCGGCGUCUUCAUCCGCCUGUGCAAUGACCCUCAAGCUCUUGUGGAGAUUUAUCUCAACUACGACUGCGACCGCGCAGCACCCGAGAACAUCUACGAGAAGCUCAUGAACACAGUCUCCAAGAUCGGUCAGACGCAUUUUGCGCCGCCAAGCAAGGAGGAGCUGCAGGCUGGCUCAUCCAAGCAGGCGUCAGGCGGGCAUGGCCCAGCCAUUCCUCCGUCAUUAAGCACGACUGCGCUGAGUCACGAGCCGCCCCAGUACGCUGGCCUGUCGCCCGAAAUCAAGCUGCGCCGCCAGUCUCUCGAGUGCCUCGUUGCCGCGCUCAAAUCGCUUGCGACGUGGUCAAGCGGCAACCCUGGCAGGGUGGACGACCCCAACGCGCCGCGCGCGAGUGAGGACCUGGACCGUCCUCGGUCUGGCGGGCCAAACGAGCUUGCUGCACCUGCGCCAACGCCGCGUGAGGUGGGGAGCCCAAACCCCGAGCUCGCUGAGAAUGACGAUGUCUCCAAACUGGAGAACGAGAAGCAACGCAAGACAAUGCUUAUGGAAGGCGUCAAGAAGUUCAACUUCAAACCGAAGCGCGGUAUCGAGUUCUUGGUGCAGCACGGGUUUAUCCGCAGCAGGCAGCCGCAAGACAUCGCGCGAUUCCUGCUCACGAACGAGCACCUUAGCAAAGCCAUGAUCGGCGAGUACCUCGGUGAGGGAGACGCUGAGCAUGUGGCGAUCAUGCACGCGUUUGUUGACAUGCUCAAUUUCACCGGCAUGCUCUUCACGGAUGCGAUGCGCAUGUACCUCCAGACCUUCCGUCUUCCUGGCGAGUCGCAAAAGAUUGAUCGCUUCAUGCUCAAGUUCGCCGAGCGUUUCAUGCACCAGAAUCCGGGCUCCGUAUUCGCGAACGCCGACGCCGCGUACAUCCUCUCGUUCUCGAUCAUCAUGCUUAACACGGACCAGCACAACAAGAACUACAAGCAGAAGCGCAUGACCAAGCCUGAGUUUGUGAGGAACAACCGCGGGAUCAACGAUGGCGGCGACCUGCCCGAAGAUUUCCUCGGGGAGAUCUAUGACGAAAUUCAUUCCAACGAGAUUCGGAUGAAGGACGAGGUCGAGGCGGCACUUGGUGGUCCGACUGGGCCCACUCUUGGCCGCGACCUGCAGCGCGAGGCGUUCCUCACGCAAUCGGAGAACAUGGCCAGUAAGACCGAGGCACUGCUCAAGCACAUGGCUCGCUCGAGUCGCAGGGGCGCUCGCGACCACUACUACGCCGCCUCGCGCGUGGAGCACGUCCGCUUCAUGUUUGAGGCUGCAUGGAUGCCAUUCCUGGCUGGCAUAUCGGGUCAGCUGCAAGAGACGGACGACAUGGACACCGUUGAGCUGUGCCUCGACGGUCUGCGUGCGGCCAUCCGCAUUGUGUGCCUAUUCGACAUGGAGCUGGAGCGCAACGCGUUCGUGACAACGCUUGCGAAGUUCACCUUCCUGAACAACCUCGCUGAGAUGAAGCCCAAGAACAUGGAGGCGAUUAAGACUCUGCUCGACAUUGCAGUCACUGAUGGCAACAACCUCAAGGCGAGCUGGAAGGAGGUGCUUACCUGCGUGUCGCAGAUCGAGCGCAUGCAGCUCAUCUCGAGUGGCAUGGACGUGCCUGAUCUCAACCGUCGAGCAUCGACGUCGAGCCGCCGCUCUACCUCUAGCAAAACGCGCCGCGGUGCCGCCCCAGCUGACGAGCUCGCUGAGGAGUCGCGAUCGUCACAGGUCACUGUGGCAGCCGACCGCGUAUUUGCCCUGAGCAAGAAUCUUUCCGGAUCCGCCAUCGUUGACUUCGUUAAGGCGCUAAGCGAGGUGUCGUGGGAGGAGAUCCAGUCGACCGGCUCGUCAAACCGUCCCCGCAUGUUCUCGCUUCAGAAGCUCGUCGAGAUCUCGUACUACAAUAUGGGACGCAUCCGUCUCGAGUGGUCCAACAUCUGGCUCAUCCUCGGCGAGCACUUCAACCAAGUGUGCUGCCACAACAACCCGAACGUGUCAUUCUUCGCGCUCGAUGCCUUGCGCCAGCUGUCGAUGAACUUCCUGCAAAAGGAGGAGCUGUCCCACUUCCGCUUCCAGAAAGACUUCCUCCGUCCCUUCGAGUACACGAUUGUGCACAACAUGAACUCGGACGCUCGCGAGAUGGUUCUGCAGUGCCUGCAGCAGAUGAUUCAGGCGCGAGUACAGAACCUGCGCUCGGGUUGGCGGACGAUGUUUGCCGUCUUCUCUGCCGCAUCGAAGGUUCUCACGGAGCGCGUCGCUAAUCACGCCUUCGAGCUCGUCUCGCUCGUGUACCGCGAGCACUUCUCGCUUGUCGUGCGCUACGGCGCGUUCGCAGACCUCGCCACUUGCCUCACCGACUUCUGCAAGGUGUCCAAGUUCCAGAAGAUCUCACUCCAGGCCAUCGACAUGGUGCGCGGACUCGUGCCCAAGAUGCUGGAGAACCCUGAGUGCUUGCUGCCGGUGCAGGUGCAGGGUGAGGCGCCAGCAGCUAUCGCGCCAAGCGAUGAUCCGAUGCUCAAGUACUGGCUGCCAGUGCUAAACGCAUUCUUCGACAUCAUCAUGACCGGUGAGGAUCUCGAGGUGCGCCGCGUGGCCCUGGACUGCCUCUUCGAAACUCUCAAGAAGCACGGCAAGGACUUCAGUGUGGAGUUCUGGAACAUCGUUUGCCAGCAAACGCUGUUCCCAAUCUUUGCCGUGCUGCGCGCUAAGAGCCACGUUCGCUUCAAGUCGCCAGAGGACAUGAGCGUGUGGCUGAGUACGACGCUCAUCUCGGCCCUGCGCGAUCUCAUCGACCUCUACACGUUCUACUUCGACAUCUUGCAGCGCUACCUUGACGGAUUACUCGACAUUCUCGUCGCAUGUAUCUGCCAGGAGAACGACACGCUUGCAAGGAUUGGUACGAGCUGCUUCCAGCAGCUGCUGGAGAACAACGUAACCAAGUUGAGCGCCGAGAAUUGGGAGAUUAUCGUGACCGCCUUCGUCGCGCUGUUCCGUACCACCACCGCCUACCACCUCUUCGAUGAUGCGUUGCACGCUGAGGUCCCAGCGCCGCAGGAUUACGUCGAUGAGGACGCGCCAUUCCACAAGUUUGUGGCGCCCGCCCCCCUCGAGACCGUGACUGCGAACCCCCUGCCCCUGCACAAUCUGACGUACGGCGAGCAACGGCGCAUUUUCAAGACGAUCAUCGUCAAAUGCGUCCUGCAAUUGCUACUCAUCGAAACGACGCACGAAUUGCUUCAAAAUGACGAUGUCUACAACACGAUUCCGGCAGAGCACCUCUUGCGCUUCAUGGGCGUGUUGGACGACUCGUGGCGGUUCGCUCGCCGAUUUAACGCGAACAAGGAUCUCCGUAUGCGGCUCUGGAAGGUCGGCUUCAUGAAGCAGCUCCCCAAUCUUCUUAAGCAAGAGUCGUCCGCGGCAGCAACGCUCAUCAAUGUCCUCCUUCGGAUGUACAGAGAUCCGCGUGCGGCGCACCAGGCCACGCGAGGCGGCGUGCUCGACCGUCUCGUGCCCCUCGCAACGGAAAUUACGCGCGACUUCAUCGCGAUCGACGCCGACGCGCAGCCGCGCAACGUUGCAGCCUGGAGUCCAGUGGUGAGCGACAUUGUGCGGGGCGCCACGGACUUUGAAGACGACGCGUUCCGCACCCACCUCCCAACGUUCUACCCCCUCGUCGCGGACCUGCUGCUCCGCGACUCGGUGCCAGAGAUGCGACUGGCCGUGCGCGGGUUCUUCCUCCGCGCAGGUGAACUGGUGCUGGAGGCGUCAGGGACGCCUCAACAGUCGUAG